UAAAUACACUACUUCCCGAGCUUCUUUUCUUCGGCGUCAAGUUUUAGCAUCUUUUACAAUAAUAAACCAAUCAACAAAGCAAUUCGAAGGAAGCGAAAGGAAAAAGCCAUCAACGAUGAUGAUGUCAAUUUUCAGUUCCUUUGAUGCUCUCUCCGCUGAAAUUUUUGGCCACAAGGUGAGCCGCUCUUGGCCACCGGCCACUUCUGACAACGAACAACAACAAGGUCUGGGCCCUCUUGUAUCCAAUCGCAAGACCGCCGCUUCUCCGUCGUCUAUUUCCUCAACCGGUGAACCGAACAACGCUGGAGAGGCGGCGCCGGCGCCGUCAUCUUCAAUAUCGCCGUUGCGUCCACAGCAGCAAAGGAGGCCGAGGUUUGCACCUGAAUUGGAUGGGGUCCACUGUUUCGAAACAAUACUUCCGUAUUGAUUUUUACAUAAAGUCUAAAAGAUUGAAAUUCUUUAUUCUUGUCUGAUUGUAACUAAUUAGCCACGGCCAUGUAAUCGUUGAUACAAUUUAGUACUAGUAUGAAAUCUGAUAAUUCAUUUCGUUUCA